AUGUCGGGCGGUUUCGAGGGCUGGAAAGCCUACCUCUAUGACCCCUCCACGGCAGCGGCCGCCAUUUUCAUCGUUCUCUACGGCAUCGUGACAGGAAUUCAUAGUUACUACCUCUUCCGGACGAGGACGCGGUUUUUCAUACCGAUGGUGCUCGGAGGAUACUUUGAGUUUAUAGGAUAUAUCGGCCGAGCGAUAUCAUCUGCCCAGACACCUGACUGGACGCUGGGGCCUUAUAUAAUGCAGAGCGUGCUGCUGUUGGUUGCACCCGCGCUUUUCGCCGCGAGUAUCUACAUGUACCUGGGUCGCAUCAUCGCGCUUGUGCGGGGCGAGAAAUUCUCCUUUAUUCGCGUCAGCUGGAUGACCAAGAUCUUCGUCGCGGGCGACGUCCUCAGUUUCUUGAUGCAGUCCUCAGGUGCGUCAAUGAAUCCGUGUUGUCUGUAUGAGCUAAUGGUUGUAGGCGCGGGGAUCCUCGUAACAAACUCGCAGCAAAUGGGCGAGAAUAUCAUUGUGGGCGGCCUCUUCGUGCAAAUAAUCUUCUUCGGUUUCUUUGUUACCUGCUCGUUCAUAUUCCAGCGUCGAAUCAGCAGCAACGCCAAUGCGCUCGGGAACGCCAGCACAACACCAUGGCUAAAGCACUUGUAUGCGCUAUACGGCUCCAGCAUCCUGAUUUUGAUUCGGUCCAUCUUCCGCGUGGUAGAGUAUCUCCAAGGGUGGGAUGGCUAUCUGUUGCGGAAUGAAGCAUUCAUAUACGUGUUCGAUGCACUGCUGAUGUGGUUGGUGCUAGUGAUCUUCGUGGUCAUCCACCCGAGCGAGGUGAAUUGUCUUCUGGGCCGGGGGCGUGUUAUGAUAACCAAAGGAGGAUUGAGUAUCAGCGAGGUUGCGGUGUAA